UCUUCUCUAUAUUCUCUAUAAGUAUAGGAAAUUUCAUACUCCUCCGUCCGCGCAAUUUUCGUAAAAAGGGUACAAAGUUUUUGCUUCACGUAUUAAUAUAUAGAUUCUAGAGACAAUAACUUUAGUCCAACAAACUGUCAAACUCUAAUUUACUAUAAGUACGUACUUUCUAUUUUUGAAGAAAACCAAAUGUAAAAAAUGUAUUUUAAAUUUGUACAAUAUUCAAAUGUCAACCUGCCGUCGGUGACUACAAAAACUGCUUAGUAUUCGUAACUUGUGAAAUCUAUACUAAUAUUAUAAAGAGGAAAGAUUUGUUUGUUUGUUUGUUUCGAAUAGGCUCCGAAACUAUUGAACCGACUUGAAAAAUUCUUUUUCCAUUAGAAGCCGACAUUGUCCGUGAUGAACAUAGGCUACUUUUUUUUAUUUUUUUUUUUAUUUUUUUUGGUUUCGUGUGUGUUUUAAUGUUUCCGAAGCGAAGCGAGGGCGGGUCGCUAGUAAUGAAAUAAAAAGAAUAAAUACGAGAUUACACCGUAACAGAAGUUUUAAUAAUAUCUUUGAUUUUUUUUAAUGUCCCUGAGGCAGACUAGUAUACGGCCCACCACGGUGAGUGGUUACCGUCGCUUAUAGACGUCAGUAAUACCAAGCCGCUGCCUACUGUUUUAAUUAUUGAUUUACGAAAACCUAAAAAUAUUAAUCACAGUUUGCUACGACCGGCGCUGUUGCGAGUGUUCCGACUUUUUUCUCUCAUUUUCACAUAGAUAAUAUUGAUUAGAUUUCUUGGAUUUGUGCUGAAGAUUAGUUAUCCAUCGGUAACUAUUCGUUGAUAAUGUUUAUUCUUUAUUUUAUUUAGAUAAAUUGCAUUAAUAGUUAAUUAUACACCAGAGGCUAUUUUAAUUGUUAGCCUAAACUAACCUAGCUUAAAUAAACUAUUAUAACUAAACUAUUAUAAAAUAUUUUUCAGAAAAAUUUGAAACAAUUCUAUUAAAAAAAAUAAGACUCUAAAUCAAGUUGUUUUAAAUAUGUAUACUUAUUUCAUAAAUCGAUUUUCGUUAACGUAUGAUAACGGUUUCAAGGUACCACCACCCCGCCUAUUUCCGCCGUGAAGCAGUAAUGCGUUUCGGUUCGAAGGGUGGGGUAGCCGUUGUAACUAUACUAAGACCUUAGAACUCAUAUCUCAAGGUGGGUGUCGCAUUUACGUUGUAGAUGUGUAUGGGCUCCAGUAACCACUUAACACCAGGUGGGCUGUGAGCUCGUCCAUCCAUCUAAGCAAUAAAUAAAUAAAACCCAAGCGUCUUUGAAAACUAAAUAAGUAGAACAAUUCUCUUUUACGUACAUGAGUGUGUUUUUCCCCUACCUAAUCUCUGAAGCCUAAGGGGCUAUUCCAGCUACGAUUGAACUGAUAGGUGAGCUUACGGGCUCAACCUGAGAGUAUUUGCCAACAAGAGCCCUAGAAAGAGCAGUGCUUCGCCGAAUCUACCACCGGAUCGAAAUGCAAUCCACUGAGAAGAUCCAGCAAGAAACUCAAUGGGUUGUAUCUAUAGGCUAGAUUGCACGUCAUCUAGGUUGAUUAAGUAGUUAGAGUCAAUACAAUUGAUCAUGGAUGUAAUAAAGUGUAAUUAAUUUGUAAAUUCGACUCUGCAACCCAGUCCUUAGCGGUCGGAACUGAAUAAAAAGUUAUAAACGAUUCAGUAAUUAACUGCUCGUAAUGUUCAUACGCCACGCGAUAAUUGAGGUAUAAAAGAGACUUCCAAAGGAAAUAGACGUUCAAAUGCUAAUAAAGAUGUUAAUCUAUUGGUUCUCUAUCGCAUUGUUUGUUCAAUGUGAAUGCUUCAAUAUUGAAAACGAUGUUGAGGCUUCGAAUAUAGCUGCCGUUCAAUAUAAUGGUAUGAGUCUGUUUUCUUUUUUGUUUUUUUUUGAAUUAAAAAACAUAUAUGUUUAUUGCAUGAAUAUGGACGAGCUUGCAACUAAUCUGGUACUAAAGAAAGUGUAGCAUAAGUAGUAGAGUGGCUACCGGAGACCAUAGGCAUCCAACGCAAAUACCAUCAGGGAGUGAGCGAAGAAAUGAUACAUGAUAGAGAAGUAUGGAAGGAGAAAACACGUUGUGCUGACUCCAUGUAACUGGGAGAAGGGCAAGAGAAUGAGGAUGACGUUCAAUACUAGUUAAAUUUAACUUAUCGAUUUCAGAUCAUGACAAAAUAAGACCCUGUUCCCAUUUCGAUUUGAACUGUAUAAGGGCUUACUUCAAACAACACUCAUCAUGCGUGGUUUCGCACGGACCAGUGCCGGAUCCCCUGAAGCUACAAAAUAUCAUUUUUCAUUUACCGCACGCUAACAUGUCUUUCGUUCUACGUAAUUCUAACGUCGGUGGGCUUAAUGGAAAAGUUGUUGAGUUUUACGUAAACAAGAAAACUCACAAAUUAGUGCUCGCUGCUGAGAUGAAGGAAGUCACACUGGAAUCUUCGCAAAUGAUAGCUAAGUACAGUCGAAAGGCGAAAGAACCAAUAGAACUAAAUGACGGAGUUUCGGGAAAUUAUGGAACAAUUACAUUCACAACAGUAUUCCCCGAUAUGACAAACCUAUAUUUAGCGGAAGCUGAAACCAACAGCUACAUUGAGGACAGUAACGUGAAAUACUACAUCGGUCCUAAAAUGAGCACUAGUGCGGAAGUCGCAGUUUCGGAUUCAUUUGACAGGGUGCGAAAAAACCUGGGUCUAGAUCUUCAAGAAGGCUUCGUGUUUCUAGGACCGAUAUUUAUGGCGAAUUUCAUACAGUACAACAUUUGUGAUUUCGGCAUCAAAUACGGAUAGUCAAAUUGAUGAUAGUUUUUUUUUCUAUCUUUGAAAAGCAAAAUACAUUAAGAUCCUUUGUAUUAUUAUCAUCAUACUCUUAUUAGCAUGACCAACCUUCAUCUAUGCGACAGAAACUUUCAAUGGAAUUUUCAUUUACUACUUUUACUACUACUUCCACGGAGAUCAAAGACCGGUGAUAAUACAAUUAGUUUAAUAAAUUACUUUAGCUCGAAGCACUGAUCAGAAUUAUUAGAAUACUUUAAAGUUUUCGUGGUCAAGGUCAACGUCGAGAUUAAACCGCAAAAGCGGUUUUCAUUCUGUCUACGACUCCCAAAUACAGAGAAAUGUAAUACUAUAAUGUUAAAAUUUAUAUAAACUCACAAUAACUUAUACUUAUUGUUAAAAUUGUAAAAAAUUAAAUUAAAUUUAUAAAU